GUCACAUGGAAGCUCAGUAGCGGAGAGGACGGCAUGCGAGUGGAGAUGAUGGAGGGGGCUUGAGGGACGGAGGAGGAGGAGAACGUGGACAUCCUGGUGCAUCGGGACGGGCAGCUCUUCCCAGGGAACCCCCGACCCAACCCCUCCAACCCCAAAACCCCUUACCUAACCCAGCACGACGACCUGGCCGGGAAGCAAGAGGCGCGCGGUUACUGGGGGUCAGCGGGCAGCACCAUAAUAAUAAUAAUAAUAAUAAUAAUAAUAAUAAAGAGAACUAAGGGACGCCAAAUGUAACGAGCUGCAUCCACGGAGGGAUGCGCGGCGCGCCGUCGCACGUUGAUUGAUUAUGCUCGCUGGGUGGCGGUUGCUGGUCCGAGAAGCUGAACCCAAAGGACGGCGGGCACAUGGUGCGCCUCUCCGAACCUCUGAGCUGAAUCCCCGAGAGAGUGUGGCCCUUGCCUGCGUGCAUGAGCGUGAGGGCGAGAGUGUGAGGUGAGUGUGAGCGUGCGUGAGAGCAAGUGAGCGCCAGCGCUCCCACAUGGCCUCCAUGCAGGACGGGCUGAACUUCACGGCUCCUCCCUACGGCAAGGUCCUGCUGCUGGGCGCUAUCGCUGCUGCCUCAGCCUUCGUCGUCACUAUCCUCAUUGUGGUGCUCUGCGUGGGCUGCCAGAGGAAGGGAAAGACGCACAAUGUCCCCAGUGAGAGUGGGAAACACCGUCUCAUGGACAUGGGUAUACUCAGGCAGUCGAAGCUGCGGUCCAUCAGUAAAUCAGACACCGAGAUGAACAAGAUGAACUGCAACGGCAAAAGCAGGCUGCUUCCCCAGAUUCCCUCUGGGACUGGAGAGGACGGAGAGCACACUUACUCUGAAGUGGGCCGAAGCUCCUCCGCCACGCGAACUGACGACGCGCUCUAUGCCAUGGUAGGCAGGGCCGGGCAGACGGACACUCCGGCCCCUCCGGCCGUCCCCGCCAACACCCCGGCGCCGCCCGACCCUGACGGGGACGUGGAAGGGGGGCUGCCCGAAGCCGACGCCCAGGUUAUGUCCGCGCCUCACCCCCCGGAGACGGCGGAGUACGCCUGCGUCAGGAAGCUGAGGAAGGCGGACAAGGCGCCCCAGAAGAGGGACAGUGGGACGGACACGGGGGACCCACCGGUGCCGCCGCCAAGACAUCCCCCGCCUUCUCACCCUGCCCCUCCGCCGCCACAUCCUCACAGCACAAAGCUGCCCCGCAGAAACGUGGACGCCUUUAACGUACCCUCAUUCCCUAAGGAAGUGAUGUUUAUGGGCAACGGAGAGCAGUACAUCUGGAAGCCUCCGGAGGAUGUAGAUGUCCUCAUGCUCCACAAUAAGACCCUGGGCCCAGUGGGGGCGCACACCAUGGAGAACAUCCAACCUUCUGCUGCAGUGGUGGCCGAGAUGUAUUCCAAGGUGUGUAAGCCUGCCAAGAAGAAAAGAGCCGUUCCUGGAUCACCCCCGUCCAAUCCCGGCUUCAGGACCUUGGGUCGUGCCGACCGAGACCGUGACGGGGGCUUUAGCGUCGUGGUCAAACCCCAAACGUGGGCCCCUCAAGAGGGCAAAGCCCCCGCGGGCUCCCUGGACGACCACUGCUACGAGUCCUUUGGGACGGAGGAGUGCGAGCCGGCCUACGAGAACCUGGAAGGCGGAGGCGGCUGGAGACGAGAGCGAGCCCCCAACACGUGCGCCACGUUGCGGCCGAGGAGGAAGAAGGCCCAGCAGCCCUUGCAGCAGCAGCAGCCUCCUCCGCCGCCGCCCACGCAACACAACCCCAAGUUACAGCACCUGCCCGCCAAAGCGCUGCUGCUGCCCGGGGAGAGCCUGUACGAGAGCAUCAGCGACCUGAAGCAGGGCUCCACCACCUCGAGCACCACCACCAUCUUCACUUUCAACGACGGCAUGGAGAUGUACGUCACGGGGCUCUGAGGAGGAAGCUGCGGCGGCGGCGGCGGCGGCGGCGGCGGCACCUUUCCAACGAGGGGCGGGCACCGGUCGUUCCCAACCUUUAUUAGGCCAAGGCACAUAUUUGACAUUAGAAAUAUCACACCACCGAACAAAAAUGGCACAGAAAGUAUAUACAGGUACACUAUUCACAAAAAUAUCGGGAUACUGUAUUCGGCUUACGGGUAAAACUUCAGGAUGAAACUAAAAUGCAUUUAUAAGCUCAAUCCAUCAAUUUUCUGUAGCGCUUGUCCUCAUUAGUGUUCCGGGUGAACUGGAGCCUAUCCCAGCUGACUUUUAAACGAGAGGCGGGGUACACCCUGGACUGGUUACCAGCCAAUCGCAAAGGCACAUAUCGACAAACAACCAUUCACACUCACAUUCACACCUAAGGCCAAUUUAGAGCAGUGGUUCUUAAAGUUUCAUACGUGCAUUGACCAAAACCUUCGUAAUUGGGAAAGUAAAAAUGAGAUUCAUGGCCACAUUUUUUUGUCUCCUGGUUUGAGCAGGCUCACAAGUGGUUAGCACAUCUGCCUCACAGUUCUGAGGACCGGGGGUUCAAAUCCCGGCCCCGCCUGUGUGGAGUUUGCAGGUUCUCCAUCAUGCUGUUCAGAUUUUGACAUUAUGAGACCAAGGCGACGCCUAACAAUUGAUUCGGCUUGAAACAGGAUGUUUUCGGAGGGAAGUGGCCACUGAGCUUAGAGUGUCAUCAGCAAGUUGCAAAAGCGAGAGACUGGAAGAGUCACAGAAAGGCUCAGAAGAGGACAUCUUUGGAAAUGUUCCCGGAUCAAAUACCAGUUGAGAAUUUUGCAGUUCACCAAGUUGUGUUAAACGUACUGAAACAUUCAACAGUUGGACGUGCAUUCAAACGUUUAUUUUAGGUUCAGCCUGAAGUUUCACCGAAUGUCGCUAACAUUUUGGGAGUCGUGUGUGUACUGAAAUAGUUGUAAACAAAGCCAUUAUUCUUUUGUUCGAAAGACAACAGGUGGCCACACAAGUCAAUGGUACCUUCUGCCAUCUAGUGGGCAAACCUUGAAUUGUUGUCACUAUAUGUCGCUGGCAUAGAUAGAUAAACAAAGACACAAUAUUUUUCGUGAAUAAAUAUCACUUCUCAGAGCGAUGAAGCGCAAUUGCACACUAAUGUGCCGUGGCAAAGAGGUUGGUAAUCACUGGCAUCCACAUGACGCCUGAGCCCCUCUAGUGGCCCCCCCCCCCCCCCCCCCCUCCAACACACACACACAUGCUGUUUACAUUACGUCAUGCCUUUCCUGGGCUCCAGCGGCCUUAAAGUACUAAGGUUUAUAUGUUACAACAGGGGCUUAGUCCCAUCGAGGAAGCUUCGAAGGAAUCCAAAGGUUGUGAGCACAAAAACAUUGCAGAGCAAUCAGUAGGUACCAGUAGCACUAGUUCAACUAUAGAAGAUGUGUGCAAAGCACAAGAAACUAAGAAACCUAAAUUCUUCCUUAUUUACUAGCGGGUAAUAGUCCUUAAUGGGGGGGGGGUGGGGGGGGUGGGGUGGGGGGGGGGGGGUACAGCCUUGAGAACUCUGUGGUAGCACUUUUGAGUGGGCCUUUCCUGAAGUUGGUCAUUAUGAGAUUCAGUACAGGGCUUUAAUUAUUCAAAAGGAAUGAAUUAAAAAUUCAAAAUAUCGGAAAGCUCAGGGACCAAGAGAAACAAUUAUGAGAGUAUUCUAACUUAACGGUGAACUCAACCCAAGAUGUCGGAGUUUCUUCUUUUAUUUAUCUUCUUUAUCAGCGGCUGUUGACUUCAAUCUACGAAGUACUGAUUUCAAAAUAGAUGUUCAACACAUCACUGACAGGAGCUCCCAGUUGGAGGUCUUUCACGAGAGUGAGAACUCUUUACCCGAAGAAGUUCUCUGACUAGGCUAACAAACUUCACACCAGGGCGCGGCGACAGCUCCGAUAUUUGCCAUUUUUGGUAGUUCACUGGUUUCUUCUCUCAGCUUGAAACUCAAUAUUUGUCAGAACAUAAGAAAUUUAAAGCUUUUACUCUUCGCUACACUUCCUCCGAUGACCGCGGCAAUGUUUUCCUUCUCAGCCAUGGUCUACACAGGAUGGAAGGAAUAAAUCCAUCGCUCUCCAUCUCCAUUUGUGUAUUACAUUUGCGAUUGAAUAUUAUUCCAGGGUAGUGUUGUGCUGAUGUUGGUGCGCAACGGUAUAUGAUGGCAAUAUUCGGUGUGAUACCAACUUUAACGAUGAGAGAACAGCUAGCGGCCGUUGCGAGCCAGCCGAGAUUCUGCCCGAUAGCGACUGUGCGUAGCUUGUCGUUGCUGAAUAUUUACUAACUCUAUAUUGUUCUCUUAGUGAAUAAAGUGUCGAGGCGAUUGGUGAACAUACGUCACAUUCUUGUGAAUUCGCACUAUGCCGAGAGUGAAAAGACGUUUUUAAACGUAUUUAAAUACUUUGCAGAUUUCAGUAAACAGCAGCUGACAAAGAAGAUAUGCACAUUUAAAAAAUAUCAAAACGUUUUGACAUCUUGGGUUUAGUUCCCUUUGGAAAAAAAAGAAUUAAUGGCACAAAUUGUUUUGCAUUAACUCCUUAACACUGGCGGCGAGCACUUUCAUCUUCAAAGCGGACCCCACUCUUCUCUCCAUGGACUGAACACUGUCUCCACUGCUGUCUGUAAAUGAGCUGUUUUACUUUGUUGAGCCUGUCCUGCACUUUGCCUGCUACAAGUUGCAUGCUUAAAAAAAAAAAAAAAAAAAAAAAAAGAAGCAGGGUGGGGG